CGAAAUACUGCUCCGUCACUCGUUACGGCCAUGCGGCCUUACCAAACGACAGUCCAGUUUGACGAGCGGUCGGGGCCAGUCCGUUGUCAUUGUGCAACACAUCAGUCAAAGUGUUGUCGCUCAUCUGAGUUAAUGAAAAAUCAUAUCUCCCACGCAAGCCAAACGACACCAUGGAUUUCUGGACAAUAACUUUGACGUUGAUCACAGGCGUGGUUGUGAUUCAUUUGUUUUUCGAACGCAAGUACAGUUAUUUCAAAGAGCAUGGAAUUCCGUAUGAGCGGCCGUUGCCAUUGUUCGGAAACAUGAUGAAAAUGUUAUUCAGAAUCGAGGCGAUACCUUACAACCUUGAUAAAAUCUACAAACGUUUUCCCGAAGCAAAGUACUUUGGUUUCUAUGACUUCACAACUUCGGUUGUCGUGUUGAAAGAUCUCGAACUGAUAAAAGAAGUCAUGAUCAAACAUUUCGAUGGUUUUCCGAACCGCAGGAUGUUCUUUACUUCGCCUAUGGAACCUCUUUUCCAGAAAAAUCUUGCCGCACUAAAAGACGACGAGUGGAAGAACAUGCGAACACUUUUGAGUCCAGCGUUUACCUCGAGCAAAAUGAAAAUGAUGUUCAACAUUGUAACGCAGUGCGCAAUGAACUUUGCCGAUCAUUUGGCUUCCCAGGAUCCGCAACCCGAAGCACUCGAGAUGAAGGACACGUUCGGUUUCCGGAUACAGGAUCAUGAAGUUCUUCAUUCUCAGAAGCAUCCCUGCUUGGCUUGCGAGCUCUUCAACAUCAGGUUUCUCGAUGUCAAAACAUCAAAUUUUUUCAUGAAUAUAAUAGAGACCACUAUAAAGAAAAGAGAGAGAAAUGGAAUCGUGAGACCAGACAUGAUACACCUGAUGAUGCAGGGAAGAGACAGAAAGGACGAUUUGACCUUGUCCAUGGAAGACAUGACCGCUCAAGCCUUCGUUUUUCUUGUCGCAGGAUACGAAGGUCCGUCAUCGACGAUGUGUUAUGCCGCCCAGCUUAUUGCGACAAAUCCUGAUGUUAAGAAAAAACUGCAAACCGAAAUCGAUCGAGUAUUGAAGGAUAAAAAACCGGAAGAAGUUACCUAUGAAGAAAUAAUGGCGAUGAAGUACCUAGGUGGUUUCGUCAAUGAAACUUUGAGGAUGUUCACACCUGGAGUAUUGCUAGACAGGAUUGGUUUCAAAGGAUUCACCCUUCCACCUGCAUUGCCUGGACUCGAGCCACUGGAGAUGGAACCUUUCCGAAAUGUUUGGAUUUCACUAUAUUCUCUGCAUCAUGACCCGAAAUAUUAUCCAAACCCUGACAAAUUCGACCCGGAAAGAUUCAGCGACGAGAAUAAGGGCAAUAUCAAUCCCCUGACCUACAUGCCUUUCGGAAUAGGUCCCAGAAUUUGUAUUGCGAAUCGUUACGCCCUGAUGAUAGUGAAGCUGGCAAUAUUUCAUCUCUUCGCCAAGUGCGACGUGCUGACGUGUCCGAAGACCAGUAAGAACUUGAGGUUCAGCGCUACGAAUAUCAGCCCACGGCCGGAUGGUGGCUUCUGGUUGAAAGUGACGGCAAGAAAAUAAUUGACAACCACAUUCAAUCAUGUGCCUUUUGAAUUCGGAAUAGAUUUUUCAACUCUCGGCCGUGUUGAAUUACAUCAUUUCGACUUUGGCACUGCGCGUGAUAAACAAUUGAUAAAAAUGUAGAUAACAAAAAUGCCAUCGAAUAUACUACAAAUAUCCGCACGUUUACAGCUCCUUCUCUCUUCUGGUAUUUGAUCUCGACGUUCGCAUAAUUUGUGGCAAUCAUAUGAGAACAAAUUUGGAAAAUCGUUACGCAUUUUCUGAGACCAAUCAGAAGCAAUGGCCAUCGA